AUGGGCCGACACGGCAUCCGCGUGCACGUUUUUGGGGACUUUUCCGAGGGUUUGGUAAGUGCGGGAGGCAUCUUCAACCCGUUCAGCAAGAAUCACGGCGCUCCGGACGACGAGGACCGAAUGGUGGGGGACUUGGGGAACAUAGACGCGGACGAUGCUGGCGUGUGCAAGGUGCACUUGGAAGACCGAAUGGUGAGGCUUAUCGGGCCCCACUCUAUCAUCGGGCGGUCUAUCAUCAUCACUGCAGGGGAAGAUGACCUUGGCCGGGGUGGCCACGAGUUGUCUCUCACAACGGGUAACGCGGGAGCCAGGGUGUGCGGCGGCGUGGUGGGCAUUGCGGCCUCCAAGUAGACAGACAAGGAUGGAAGAAGCGAAAGGAAUGCCUCACAAGUUUUUCAUAUUUGG